AUGGAUAUGUCUGAAAGUGGCUACCAAGUCACUAAAUAUAUUUACGCCAAUACUGAUGUGUUAAAUCAACUUUUUUGUGAGAAACCAAAAGACCAAGGUGUUUGGUUAGGUUUUAUUGCAGUUUGCACGGAUCCAAAUGAGAUAAGAAGGCUUGGACGACGAGACAUAGUGAUCGCAUGGAGAGGAACUCAGACUGCUGAAGAAUGGAUACAAAAUCUCAGAGAUAUUCUUGUACCUACAAGAUUGUCCUAUAGAUGCGAGAGGACAGGCAAAGACCAGGAGCAUCAUUUUGCGGAUGGAGUACUAAUUGAGAGAGGAUUCCUGAGCUGCUAUGAUUCAAAUGUCCGUCACCGUCAAGGCGCUGCAGGAGCCACUGUGAACAUCAGCACCAGAGAUUUGGUAGUCUCAGAGAUAAAACGAUUGCUUCAAGUUUAUGAAAACGAGAUGGACAAUUUAAGCAUAACAUCUACAGGACACAGCUUAGGAGCUGCUCUUGCAACCUUGAGCGCUUAUGAUAUCAGAAAAAAUCUUUGCACUGAUCAUAUUCUUGUGACAGUGUUUGCUUUUGCGUCUCCCCGAGUUGGAAAUCUUGGUUUUGCUAAACGGGUGAAGGAGAUUGGAGUGAAAGUUUUGAGGUUUGUGAACAAGAGAGACGUGGUUCCCAGAGUGCCGGGGCUUUUUAUGAACGAGAAAAUGGGAUGCCUCGCCAAAUUGCUGCAUUGGCUUCCAUGGACAUACUUUCAUGUUGGCGUCGAGCUUCGUUUACACAAGUAUCCUUCAAUCGUUCAGCACACUCAUAAUCUUGCCUACAAUCAUAAUUUAGAGCUUUACUUGCAUUUGCUGGACGGCAAUGUUGGAAGAAACGAGUCAUUUUCUUCCAGUGGAAGAGAUCGCGCUCUCAUUAAUAAUAGAUGUGAUUUAUUGCUCGAGAAAGAUAAAAUUCCUCGAAAAUGGUGGCAGCAACGGAACAAGGGUCUCGUUAAAGGUCUAGAUGGCAAGUGGAAGCAGCCCACAAAAUCAGAAGAUCAAGAUGAUAAUCCAGACGAAUAA